AUGAGAAGACCAGAAACGAGAUGGUACAUAGAUGAAUACGAAAAGAAACAUGACAUGAAUCUUGUCUUGAUCGAAUUCGCCAAAAUCGAUUACAAUAUCAUACAAGCUUUUCAUCAAGAAGAUCUUAAAUACGUUUCCGGCUGGUGGAAGGAUACAUGUUUGAGUAAUCAACUUCCUUUUUCAAGAGACCGAAUAGUCGAGAAUUUCUUUUGGACCACUGGAUUAAUAUCCGAACCACAAUUUGGAUAUAUCCGACCGUUCGAGACCAUGCUUUUUGCACUUCUUACAACCAUUGACGAUAUCUACGAUAUUUAUGGCACUCUUGAAGAACUCGAACUCUUCACUGUCAUGGUUGAAAAUUGGGAUGUAAAUCGCCUUGAUGAGCUCCCCGAGUACAUGAGGUUGUGUUUUCUUGUUUUGUUCAAUGAAAUAAACGGCAUUGGAUGUUAUGUUCUCAAACAUAAAAAUAUUGAUGUCAUCCCUUUUCUCAAAGAAUCAUGGGCAGAUUUAUGUCAAAGAUUUCUAGUGGAAGCAAAAUGGUACAAAAGAGGAUACAAACCAAGCCUAGAAGAAUACAUGCAAAAUGCUUGGUUUUCAAUUUCGGCCUCGACAAUGUUAAUCCAUUUUUACUGCCUUUAUUCCGAACAAAUCUCAAUUCAAAGCUUCCAGACUUUUUCUCAAUUCCAAGAUCAACAAAUCAUCCGAUGCUCCUGCAUCAUCAUCCGUCUAGCUAAUGACCUCGGAACUUCGCCGAUAACAUCCAAAAUGAAAUGGCAAGAGGAGACGUUCCCAUGUUACAUGCAUGAGACUGGGGCUUCAGAGGAGAAAGCUAGUGCGCACGUGUACCAGAUGAUCAGUGACACGUGGGAAGAAAUGAACUAUGAAGCGAAAAUGGCCAUUUUGUGGAAGCCGGUAGAAGCACAGAGUUGUACAGGGCUCUCUCCCUGGGUCGUCAAGUGGUUUCGUUCAAAGCUUGCAAGUGUGGUCAAUUUGUCGCGCCUCUGA